AUGUCAACAGCAUCUUCAUCAUCGUCGUCAUUGUCAUCAACACAUCAACAUCUAAGCAAUGAAGAAUACAAUGAAAUGAAAAAGGAUCUAGUAACAAGAUACGAUGCAAUCAAAUCAAAGAUAACUAAUCCCAAUGUCACAUUGGUAGCUGUUAGCAAGACUAAACCUUCAUUUAUGAUUAGAGCUUUAUAUGAACAUGGUCAAAGACAUUUUGGUGAAAAUUAUAUUCAAGAAUUACAAACAAAAUCAGAUGAAUUAUCUGAUCUAGUUGAUAUUAAAUGGCAUUUUAUUGGUAGUAUACAAUCAAAUAAAUUAAAAUUAUUGGAGACUGUAAAGAGUUUACAUGUCAUCGAAACCAUUGAAAAACAAUCAACAGCUGAUAAACUAGCUAAAUCAUGGCCACACCAAACUCCAAUCAAUAUAAUGGUUCAAGUUAAUACAAGUGGUGAAGAUUCAAAGAGUGGAUGUGAACCUGGAGAAAUUGUAAACAUUGUCAAACAUUUAAUAACUGAUGAAAAAUGUAAACAAAAAUUAAAAGUAAUUGGAUUAAUGACUAUUGGAAGUCCAAAUGCAUCUCCUGAUCAACCUGAUUUUAAAAAAUUGGUAGAAUGUAAAGAAAAUAUAUCAAAAGAACUUGGAAUUGAUAAAGAAUCAAUUGGACUUAUACCAAUGUUAGAGUUGGUAGUUUAA